CAUCAUGCAGCGACAGCGUUCUGUCAACAAGCGUAUCCAUCCGCGCUGAACGCCAACUGAAACCUCUUCGCCCUACUUUAUCAAUAGCACCAAUAAUAUCGAUCAAUAAGCCCGUGAUGAAAGCCCGGGUCAGUGCCAGGGUGCAGCUCUACGCCGACUGAGGCCGCCUCCCCACCCUCUCAAACCCCUGCCCCCGCCACCGCCGCCACCGCCGCCGCCAUGGGCCAGCAGCUCUCGGGCCAGGCCAGCCGGCUGCCCGAGAAGCUGGUGAGGCACGCGGGGCUGGUGAGGGACAGCGGGUACCUCACCUACGAGGAGUUCCUGGCCAGGGUGUCGGAGCUCAACGACGUGACGGCCCAGCUGGCCGCCGGGCAGCAGAAGCACCUCCUCUUCGAGGUGCAGCCCGGCUCCGACGCCAGCGCCCUGUGGAAGGUGGCCGUGCGCGUGGUGUGCACCAAGAUCAACAAGGAGACGGGCACAGUGGAGGCCACCCGCAUCAUGAACCUGUACCAGUUCACCCAGCUGUACCGCGACGUCACCAGCCAGGCCGCCCAGGUGCUGGGCCCCGACGGCCCCUUGGAGGGCCCCUCGGCCCAGCUGCCCUCCACCGACUCCUGCCAGGCCAGCAUGUGGAUGGGCCGGGUGAAGCAGCUGACGGAUGAGGAGGAGUGUUGUAUCUGCAUGGACGGCCGGUCGGACCUCAUGCUGCCGUGCGCACACAGCUUCUGUCAGAAGUGCAUCGACCAAUGGAGCGGGCAGAGCAGGAACUGUCCCAUCUGCCGCAUCCAGGUGACGGCGGCCAACGAGUCCUGGGUGGUGUCAGACGCCCCCACCGAGCACGACAUGGCCGACUACAUCCUCCACCUGGCAGACGAGGCCGGCCAGCCCCACAGCCCCUAGGGACACCACCCAACACCACCACCGAAAGUCCCCAGAGACACCGCCCAACACCACCACCGAAAGUCCCUAGAGACACCGCCCAACACCACCACCGAAAGUCCCUAGAGACACCGCCCAACACCACCACCGAAAGUCCCUAGAGACACCGCCCAACACCACCACCGAAAGUCCCCAGAGACACCACCCAACACCACCACCGAAAGUCCCCAGAGACACCACCCAACACCACCACCGAAAGUCCCCAGAGACACCACCCAACACCACCACCGAAAGUCCCCAGAGACACCACCCAACACCACCACCGAAAGUCCCCAGAGACACCACCCAACACCACCACCGAAAGUCCCCAGAGACACCACCCAACACCACCACCGAAAGUCCCUAGAGACACCGCCCAACACCACCACCGAAAGUCCCUAGAGACACCACCCAACACCACCACCGAAAGUCCCUAGAGACACCACCCAACACCACCCACAACCCCCAGAGACACCACCCAACCAACAGUCCAGCCCCAAAGCCCCUAGAGACACCACCCUGCACCACCCCACAGCCCAUAGAGGACACCACCACAACCCCCCCAGGCCGUAGAGACACCACCCUGCACCACCCCACAGCCCAUAGACGACACCACCACAACCCCCCCAGGCCGUAGAGACACCACCCUGCACCACCCCACAGCCCAUAGACGACACCACCACAACCCCCCCAGGCUGUAGACACCACCCUGCACCACCCCACAGCCCCUAGAGACACCACCCAACCAACAGCACCACCCACAGGCUGUAGAGACACCACGCAGCACCUCCGUACAGCCCCUAGAGACACCACAACCCCCCCGGGCCGUAGAGACACCGCCCAGCCCCACUGCCAGCCGGUCCAACAUGUCAUCAGACGAGGGCUAUUCGUGCUCAUUUCCUUUACUCGCGUUCCCGUCUGCACAGCUCCUCUUCUGCGUGUCUCCACGGUGCUCUCUCACCCAUGAGCAGAGCGCUCUCAGGGUUCACCCAGGGUUCACCCAGGGUGCAUCCCUCCUUAACCUUUGACCCCCACAGCGUUGACUGUUGAUAAACUCCUCCCACGCAGCCAGGUGACAUUGACGUGACCUGAAUGGAGCAGGACGUAUGACAGUGUGGAAGGGGGGCCCUGUGAGCUGGGGUUUCCACUGGGACCCCUCUUAUGGUCAGUCCGGUGUUGAGCUAAUGCUAAGCUACACUAGGCUACGCUAGGCGUCCUGCUCCUACAUGUAGCACAUGCUUCUGUAGGACAUGUCUUCAUGGUGUUACAUGAGACUCUUUUACAGACACCUUUGGUUCAACAGGACUGUACAAGUGCUGGAAGCACUGUAAUACAAGUACUGUGUGCCAAGUACUGUGAUAAUAGUACUGUAGAACAAAAUAGCAUUGUUAACAAUACUUUGUGAUGCUUCAGAUGAUAACAACACUUUUUGCAUACAGUAGAUCACUGGAGUUGAGUCCUUAGAACUAUGGUUUGGUUAAUCCACUAAUUUUGACCUUUUAUAAGAGACUAUUCAUUCUACAGUUUCUGAAAACAAUUUAUUGACAAUGUACAGAUAUUCUAUCUAUAGUUAGCUCCUCAGAAAUUCAUGGUUAUGUUUCAUUUAAGUUUGGGAGUUUCACAAAUUCAACUAAGGUGACAUGGCUGUACAUUGAUUAAAUGUGUUUGACAUAGGAAAUAACAAGUAAUUAAACUAACCCAUUCUGUAUAUUAUUGCUUUGAACCAAGAGAUACAUCUUCUUGCACUUUAAUGGAUUGUGAUGGAUUUAAAAUAAAGUGUUAUCACUAUA